AUGGUUUUCCCCCUUGUCGUUUUGCUCCUUUCACUCUCCGCCGUCGUGGCGGAGCCACGGCUGUACUCUGCCAUCUCUAUCGGCGAGAGUGCCGUGGAUACGGGUUAUGGUUCGUGCCCGGCCUUCCCCAGCGAGAGAGCCUUUGCGGUCGCGGACCCGGACGCGCCUCCGGCUGACUACAUUCUUCCUCUCAGAUUCCCGUUCGUGGCGGAGCCACGGCCGUACUCUGCCUUCUCUAUCGGCGAGAGUGUUGGGUUUACGGGUUAUGGUUCGUGCCCGGCCUUCCCCAGCGAGAGAGCUGUUGCCGUCGCGGACGCGAACGCGCCUCCGCCUGACUACAGUCUCCUUCUCACAUUCCCGUCCGUGGAGAGCAGUACAUGUCCAGUUGCAACGAACCUGCUCGCUGCUGUUUUUUCUGAUAUUUCGUCUGGAUUUGAGGUUUGCACCGCUGUCGAAGCUUCGGCGGGGGGGAAAUUAAUGCCCAAACUCCCCCCGGUCCCCAAUGCGGCUAAAUGCGCCGCUGUUGGACUUGGCAUAGCCGUUGGUCAAUAUGUCCUGAACAAACACACUCGAGCAACAAUUCAGUCCCACUGGAUGCUCGUCAUCCACUGGCCGCCGACGUGUUGCGCCAGUCGUUCGGAUUGUUUUAUUCCUAUACCAGAAAGGUUUACCAUUCAUGGAUUAUGGCCGAUUAACCAAAAAGGCGACACUAUGUCACCAAACAAGCCCUUCAAUGCAGUUUCUCAACUUAAUGGGGGAGACAUUAUUGAUUGGGGGACGCUGCGGUUGACUGAACGGCGAUUGGACCGGGAGUGGCCAAAUCUAGUUGGCAGUGACGACUUUUUUUGGAAUUGGGAGUGGACAAGGCAUGGGUAUUUUUUGGGUUUGAGUGCCCUGGAUUAUUUCAGGAAGGCUCUUGAUUAUAAAUCAGCUGUUGACGCAAUGUCCGGGGGUUCGAUGGAGAAGUUCCUGGCAAAAAGACGCGACACCUGGUGCCCUGGAAAUCUUGCAAGGAAGAAUUUAAAAGAGUUGUCGCCUGUAGUUGAAGAGCACCUCUCAGAAGUGAAAUCAGCAAGAACAGAUCAAAGAGCAGUGGGGCCACUUCUUCCAUUUGAAGAGUUAGUUAAAGAAGAAAGUACUAAUGAGUGCAGCAAACAAGACGAAGACUGUAAACGCAGUGCUUUGGAAGAUCCUAGUCUUCCUGAUCCUCAUGCUCUGCUGCAUGUUACCAGAGAGCGAUGGCUUUGCCGAGCUCGGAUAAUGAGUGACAUCCAAAUUGAUCAACUAAUGAGGAAGCUUGAGGUGGCUGAUCAGAAAUGCAAAGAGUGUGCUGCACAGAAUACAGAUUCUUUAACCCAUAAAGAUGGAAAGGGAUGUUUGAGGGACUCAGAUGCUAUACUUGUGAUAAAUCAGCUUCAAGAAAAGAUUGUUUUGGAGAUGGAGAAAUGCUCAAGCCAGAAGCAAUUGAAAUCUGUAGUCGAUUUGGCAACUGAGCAAACUAUAUCUGCACAGGAGAAAUAUGAAAAGGUUCAUAGGUUCAACAUAUACAUGAGUUUCUGUUCGGAAUUUUUUUCAAGGAAUUUAUUGUCAUUAACCAUUUUCCACGAAGAAUCAAAUUGGUUGAUCAGUUUAUUAACGGAGGCUGAGGAAAUAAAAUUGGAAUUUGAAAAGUCAAGGCAUAUUAUUUGGUCGCUCUCCUCUGUAGUGGAAGAACUUCGCAGUUUCUUAUCUCUGACGCCAGACCUGAUUCAUGACCUUCGACCUUCUGUUUCCCAGUCAUUAGCAAGGUAUCACAAUGAGGCACAAUCUUGCUUAAGGAACAAAGUAUCUGAACUUGAAGAUGAAAAACUUGUUCUUAUCAAUCAAGCUUCAGAUCUUCAUAGUCGGAUAGAAGAAUUAAACUCAGAAGUUCGAGAAUCUAGAAAUGCAUUCAUGGAACUUAACGAGAAACAGGAAGCUGAAAAGACAGAACUUCAGUGUCAACUUCAAAUGCUCCAAAUGGAAAUUUCAUUCUUAUCAACAUGUGCCUUAGCGAAAGAAAAAGAAAAUAUCAAAAAGGAAUUGGAGAAAGCAAAAUCAAAAUUAAAAGAUACAGAAUUCAAGCUCAAGAAUGCUGUGCAGGAGAAAACAAAGCUCGAGGGUGAGAAGGCGUGUGCAGAGAGAGAACGUAAGAAAGUGCAAUGCCAGAAGGCAAGGCUACGCUUGAGCGUGACAUGA